GUAGAAAUCGUCGAGGACCCGAUAACCUCGCUAAGCCCACCAUCCACGCCAUCUGAAUGUAAGAGCAGCAGCCCAUCUGAUACGUCUGAGAGACGGGCGAGUGUCACUGAGGGCUCCCCGGCGGGAGUAGGUCAAGAUACCUCUCCUGUCCAGAGCAGUACUCCAAGUGAAG